AUGGCGGUGGAAAGUAAUGGAAGGCUACUUGACCCGGGCCAGAAAAGUAUGAAUGGUCAGGCCAUAGCUACCAGGUCCAAGACGGUCAGAAAGCGAAAGGGCUUCAGUCUCUUUAGCAUGAUAACCAGACUCCUAACCUGGUACUCAAUAAUCACAAUACUAUUCCGAUGUCCUGCGACAGUCGACCUCCUGACAGAUACCUCCCCAAAGAUUUGCAAACCAUAUUUCCAAUUGCGUUCUGCAGUUGCCCCCCAUCUUAAACCAUACUACGAUGCAUAUGCCGCGCGAUAUAUUGACGCAGCGAGACCUUACUACGAAACCCUCGAUAAAAGAAUAAUUACACCAGCUACAGUCUUGGGAAAGAAGUAUGGAGCUCCUCGUGUUGCCCAAGCCCAGGCAUUCGGUCAAGCACGUUGGGAGAAGACUGUGCAGCCACAAGUUGAGAAAUAUCAAAGCAUUGUGAAGGGAAAAUACGACGAGAUGGUGGCGCCACAUGUUGACAAGGUCGUAACAACUACGGCUCCAUAUUACGAGAUCGCAAAAACGAAUGCCUUCCAGACAUAUUACGGGCACAUCCUUCCAACGUACAAUGCAGUCCAGCCAUACGCUCUUCAAGGUUACGGCAUAGCGAGCGACUUCACGGUGAACACUGCAUUUCCUUACUCGAAAUGGGCUUGGGCCACCGGAGCAAUAUUUGUUGAAAGAACUUUGUGGCCAAAGUUACGGAUCUUGUAUGGAGAAAAUGUAGAGCCUCAGUUGGUUAGAAUUGGUGAGCGACUUGGCAGAUAUCGGGAUGGCAAGAAACUGAAGGCAGUUGUAGAAGAUGUUGACAUCUCCGCGUCCGCUUCUUCUGCUUCAGAGACAUUUUCCUCAAUCUCAUCUUCUAUUGCAUCAGCUCGCUCGGCGAGCACGCCAUCCACAACUUCUGGUGUUGCUUCGACUGCGUCUGUUGCAGCUCCAGAGGAUACCCCCAAGUCCGAAAAGGAAAUCCGCGAAAAAGCACAGGUAAUUGUGGCCAAUGAUCUCAAAACAUGGCAGGAGAAAUUCGCCAAGGCCGCCGACGAGGGGUCCGACGAGCUUGAAGACCGCAUGACCGAGAUCACUCAUAGGCUGGUUCAGAACCAGGCACAUGGCGUUGGAAAGGCUCUUCUAAUUCAGCUGGAAGAGACUGUCAAAUCUAGCCUCAAGAGCUUGAAAAGCAACAUCAUUUCCAUCAUAGAUGGUUCCAAGGACGCAGAAGAGUCCGAGGAAGCUAUUGGCAACGCUGUUCGCAAAGCGGGCGUUGCAAUCAAGGAAAAGGCACAAGCCGUACGAACUUGGAGGCAGAACUUUGACCGAGAAACAAACUCGCUAGUAGAAAAAGCUGCAUCUGAUACUUUUGAGAUACUUGAUCACAUCCGAGAUCUUGGAUUGCAAGAGAUAGGAAUGAGAUGGGCGUGGACCGAUGGAAUCACGCACAAGGACUGGACUAAAUACCACAAGUUGAAGGGAAAAUUUGAUGAAUGGCGUGUAGAUGUCGAGAACGUCGUGGCUGAACACCCAGGGCUUGGAAAGGCUCGCGCAGCAUCUGAGGAGGUUGAAAACAAAGCCAUGGGCAUUGCGGAGGAGGCAGCAAAAGAACUGGCUCGCCUCAAAGAGACGGGACGAUGGAAGCUUUCAACCAAAGAUACUAGUGAUGACUGGAGCACCAAAUAUAUGCCAGCCGCAGCCGCAAAUGCUGCUCAGAAAGUCAUUGAUAAAGUCAAGGAAGCCAGUGAGGCUAUCGCGCCUUCAUCUCAGGGCACAAUAGAGUCUGUGGCUUCUGUUGCCAGCUCAUCGGUUGCUGAAGCUGUCUCUUCCGCUUCUUCAAUCGCUGCUUCUCAGGCUGACAACGCCCAAAGCGCUGCUUCGUCAAUUUCCUCAAAGGUUGUAGGUACACCACAAGGAAAUGUUGAGAGUGUCAUUUCAGUCGCGAGUGCAAGUGCAAGCAGUGUUGCCGACCAAGCUUCGAGCUCGAUCAUUGGCACGUCACAAGGUAGUGUCGAGAGUGUUACUUCGGUCGCAAAAGAAUUUGCUAGUAGCCUGGCCGACCAAGCUUCAAGUUCUGUUAUUGGUACUUCGCAAGGAACUGUAGAGAGUGUUAUCUCGGUUGCUUCUGACAGCGCAAGCAGUCUUUCCGCCAAGGCGUCUGCCUCUAUCGCUGGAGAAGAGCCAGGGGUUAUUGAAAAGGCAUCGAGCAGUGUUAAAUCGGCAGCUUCUGUCGUCUCCGAUACGGGUUCUAGUAUCUUAGACGCCGCAGGCUCGUCGAUUAGCACAGGCAGUAGCGAAGUCUCAAAAGCUGCUUCGAAGGCGUCCAGUUCAUUGAGUUCUGCAACUUCGUCCAUUGGGAGCUCUUUGUCGAAGAGUGUCACUGAUGGUUCUAGCGCUGCUAGUUCAGCUGCGUCAUCUGCCUCGAGCACAGCGUCUAAGAAAGUGUGGGGUGGUGCAAUGGCACAGCACGUCGAGGCUAGACAGAUUGUUUAUGAAGACAUGGUUGAGGAUUCAGAUGAGGAGACUUACAGUGAAAAGAUCCAGAGUAUGGCAAGUGAAGCUGGCGAUAAAUAUGCCGACCUCACCAAGGCAGUCAGCGAAGCCUUGUUAAAGCCUUCCAGCACUCAGGGGUAUCAAGUCACGAGCCUCGCCGCCCAGCAGUAUUCAAGUGCUUUCGCAGCUGCUAGCUCUGCUCUUUACGGAUCUGAGCAAGGGACUGGUGAAAGCAUUGCCAGUGCUGCGUCGAGUCGUUAUGCUGAUGCUGUUUCAGCCGCUAGCUCUAUCAUCUACGGAACACCAGCGCCUAUUACAGACUCCAUCGCCUCCAAGGCAAGCGCUGCUUAUAGCAGUGCUCUUUCUGUGGCCUCGGAUAACUAUGACAGUGCUCGCUCUGCAGUUUCCGCUCAAAUAUCUGGCGAGCCGAAACCCGCCCACGAAGCAUUGUUCAGCUCUGCCCAAGCUGCCUAUUCGGAUUCCGUUGAAGCAGCGAGUUCUGGGCUACAAGCUGCUGCUUCCGCUGCCUCGACCGCGAUCUAUGGGGCUCCACCAGGAGCACUAGAGUCGAUGUCUUCAGUAGCUCAGUCAAGACUCCAAGAAGGUCUUGGUGCUGCGGCUUCUCGAUAUAGCGAUGCGAAGAGCUAUAUAGCAGCCAUUAACACCGGCGCUCCCCAAAAGCAAAAGAUGCUCCAGCAAAUGCAGGAACAGUAUUAUGCAGGCAUUGGAAUGGCUCACGCCCACUAUUCUGAAUUCCUCGAAGCAGCCUCUUCGGCCGUCAUGCCGAAACCAACUUCGUUCCACGAGAGCCUUUACGGUAAAGCAAGCGCAGCAGUUGUAGGAACGCCUACUCCUGCUUAUGAAAAUGCGUUGAGCACAGCUCAAAGUGCUUACUCAGGCGCUGUAGCCGGUGCUUCUUCGCAGCUUGACCAGCUCUUGUCAUCCAUCAAAAGCGUUGGUGGGGCACAAAAAGAUCUCGUCGCAACAGGCGUCGCAUCCUCGCGCUACAGUUCCGCACUGGCUGAAGCAUCAAGCUCUUACGCAAGCAUCUCAUCCGCAAUCGCUGAGAAAUUCAAGGACAAGGCAUCAGGUGCAUCAAAUGUCAUCUACGGUAGCGAAACUCCUUUUACCGAGUCCGUCGCCUCGGCUGCGAGCGAGAACUGGGAAGCUCUGAUCACGAAAGCAAGUAAUCAGAUCUACGCUCAACCAACACCAUAUUUCGUCACCCGACGCCUUGUAUCUGAGGCAAUAGAAUACGGUGCUGCUGCUACAGAUGCUGCUGCAAACCAAUACCAUGUUGUGCAGUCAAUCAUUAGCGAGCUUGUUGUUGGCAAAGAACCCGAUUUCACCGAGAGCGUAUAUAACAAAUUAUCAUCGGCAUACUACACUGGUGCGGGCGAAGCAGCCAGUUCAGCAUCCUCCUAUGCAAGCGACGCCUACGCAUCCGUAACAUCCGUCAUCUCCUCCGUCUUCACGCCUCCUCCCGCUCUUGAAGAUAUCCUAAGUAGUGCCUCCGCACGUGUCAACGAAGCCAUCGACGCCGCGUCCGUGCAAGUAUAUGGCUCCAGCACAGGCUAUGGAGAAGCUGCGUCAAGCAGUAUCGCAGACGCCGCUUCUUCUGCCCAAAAAGCUAUCUCUGAAGCCAUUUACGGAACCUCUACCGGUACUUAUGAAAGCGUUACCAACGUGGCAGGGGAAACGUACGCAUCUGCUACAGACGCAGCAGCAGAGGCACUCUCAGCUGCUCAAGCAAAGGUCAGUAGUGCGAUAUAUGGAGAGGAACAGAGUGCCGUAGAGAGUGCACAAGCGAGGCUCAAUGCUGCAAUUGAGAGUGCGAGGGCUAAAUUGGGCGAGUAUGCGGUGAGUGCUGGAGGGCAGGCGAGUGAGGUCUACAGCAAGGCUAGUGAGGGCGUAGAGGAUUUCGCGUCCAGCGUAAGCUCGGUCGUUGAAAAGGCUACUGGAAGUGCUAAAGACGAGCUAUGA